AUGUUGUAUAUGUUCAAGACAAAUCUUGUUGUGGAACCUAAAACGUUCCGUAUCAUAAGAAUAACAACGGCUACGAUAGUAGUAGCUCUGUACUUGUCAUACAUUUCAUUUCUGUGCUUUCAAAUUUGGACUGAUAAACAAGUGAUUCAAGUUGCAAACGAAAAAUUAUCUGCUAUUGAAGUGCCAAAUAUAGAAAUUUGUGUUUACGGAAACGAUAUUAAAAUUACACAAUGCGUCUUCACGAUCAAAGAUCGGAGUAAGAUUCAUCCGAGUUGUGCACGAGCGCACGAUGACGUUUCAUUCUUAUAUCGAAAACCUGUAGUGGACAAAAGCCAUUGCUUCGUAUUCAUAGGAAAUCGUACACUUUUCUUCUCGGAAGAUAAUGACGAUGGUGUACAUGAAAUAGUUGUUGUUUAUUUCGAAAUUUUGGAUUUAACCGGGGGCUGA